UCAAUCAUUUGCCAUUCAUCAUUAAUAAGUUAUUUUUGUAAUGUACAACUAAUUUACAGUAGUGCACCAAAUAUAUUUGGGCAUGGUUAGAGGUGGGGCCACACCUUUGCUCUUCCCUCAUUGGCACACAGGCUGCAUGUGGAGGCGGCAGCAUGUGUGUGUGCAUGCAUUCAAAGAGAAGCUCUUCAUGCUGGACUGACUGUCUUAUUUGAAGGCUGCGUAUACAUUGACAAAAGCUUUUUUUUCCCCCCCUCUCUCCCGGAGGGCUUUAUUGCAAUUAUUACCAAGCAUGCACAGAAGCACAUUUCCACAAAGCGACAAAAUGCAUCCUCCUCAGGAAAAUGGAUGCUAGUAUGUACCAGGUAUCUGCCGAGCUCCAGCCCGCCAACGGCAGCUGCAAUGUGUCGUCGCUGUGCCUUGAUCGCCGCGCCGAGUUGCCCACAUUCAGCACCGCCGCCAAAGUCCGGGUGAUUGUCACCUUCAUCUUGUGCGGCGUGUCGGCGUUCUGCAACCUUGCCGUGCUUUGUGCGGCCUACGCGGACAGCAAGCGCAAAUCCCAUGUCCGCGUACUGAUCAUCAACCUGACACUGGCCGACCUCUUGGUGACGUUCGUGGUGAUGCCCGUGGAUGCGGCGUGGAACAUCACGGUGCAGUGGCUGGCUGGCGACUUCACCUGCCGGCUCCUGAUGUUCCUCAAGCUCCUGGCCAUGUACUCGGGCGCCUUCGUCACCGUGGUGAUCAGCCUGGACCGGCAGUCGGCCAUUCUCCAUCCGCUGGCUAUCAACGAGGCCCGGAAGAGGAACAGACUCAUGCUGGCGGUGGCGUGGACCAUGAGUGUUUUGCUGUCAAUCCCUCAGAUGUUCCUGUUCCACAACGUGACCAUCAAGCAUCCCAAGGACUUCACGCAGUGCACCACACGAGGAAGUUUUGGGAGACAUUGGCAUGAGACGGCAUACAACAUGUUCACCUUCUUCUGCCUGUUCUUGCUGCCCCUGGCCAUCAUGAUCACAUGUUACACCAGGAUCUUCUUCGAGAUCUCCAAGCGUCUGAAAAAGGACAAUGUUUCCUCCACUGAAGUACAUUUACGCUGCUCCAAGAACAACAUCCCCAGAGCUCGCAUGAGGACUCUAAAAAUGAGCAUCGUGAUCGUGUUGUCCUUCAUCAUCUGCUGGACUCCCUACUACCUGCUGGGGCUCUGGUACUGGUUCUUCCCUGAUGACCUGGAAGGGAAGGUCUCCCAUUCGCUCACCCAUCUCCUGUUCAUCUUCGGCCUAGUCAACGCCUGCCUGGACCCGCUCAUUUAUGGCCUCUUCACCAUUCGCUUCCGCAGGUUCCACCGCAGCUCGCGAGCUACCAGGGACACGGACGCCAACACGGUUAUAACCGGAUCUUUUGCUGGCGCAGACAAUGCCGUUCUGCUAAAACGGAAGGCCAGUCCCGGUAGCCACGAGAGGUCCCCAAUGUGCAGCGAUAAUGACAGCGGGCUGCCAGGAAGCUGCUUUCAGACAACAGGCAACAUUGCACAGAGACCUGUACACGGAGAACCGGAGAGCAUCAUCUGAAGGGAAUACAAAUGGAACAAUUUGGUUGCAUGGCAUUUGUAUUUGUGUUUUCACACAAAAGUUCACAUGUACGCGAUAUUGACGAAUGCAACACACAAAGCAAAAUCCAUAAAGGCAUGGUUGGUUGAGGUUGGUGUGGAAGAAGCCCAUCAAACACCUUUGGGGGAUUCUGUAUAUUCUCAAUGAAUAGAUAAAAAUUGCAUUUUCACUUUCUGUGCAAAAGCAAGGCCUCCCAAUACGUUAGCAUCAUAUUAUAUCUGUGUGUACAGUGGUGUACCAUAUUUAGAGACCUCAAUAUGAGGCUGUUUUAAAUUAAAAUCAUACAAAAAGACAUUGUUUCUGGGGGUUAAAAAAAAGGACAAAAGUAAUGGCACAAGUAAAGGGGACCAGUAAAAUGGAAUUAUUAACAUAUGUGUUCAAAAAGUAUAGUUUCAAAAUUUGUCAAUAGUAUUUACAUUAAAAAACAUUUAUUUGGAAAACAAACUGUCUAGGUAAAACAAGGCAAGACAUUAAAAGAAAAUAUACAAAAACUCAUUUAAAAAAAGCCCUAGACUAUGUUUUGAAUUUCCAAAUAUUCAAAAGGGCUGAGUUGAGCAAACCAGCCACAUUGCAGGAAUGAACAAACUUAACCAUGCUGCUUUCAAAAGCUGGUUAAAAAGGUUUGCCCGCCAAAUGUAUGUCGUGGUAUUCUUGAUUAAAAGUAUUCCAUGUGACUUAGCUGUCCCUUACGGGUACAAAACAAGCACACUUUAUGAGGAAGCGCUGUACGGAUCCUCUGCGUGAUGUCAACGCGCUCCAUACACAGCGACUCAACUCUAAUGACUCCUCAAGGGGAUGGCUGCCUUUUAUCAGGGCUGAGUCAAUGGCCAAAUGACAAAGGCCAUGUUUUCCCCCUGAAUUAGAAUGUACACAGAGAAGCUAUAAUGGAACACAGCUUGAUCCUAAAUUAGAAGAGGACUACGAUCACAUCUGCAUGAAAAAAAUAUUCUAACCCCGUAGCCGUAGAGUGCAUACGAUUCCAUGUGUUAAACACUAUAUUUAAAAUUGAAGUGCAUUUUCCAAACAUAUUGGGGGAUGUCUUAUGGAGUUGAUAGGAAGUCAAGGUCAGGGGGCUUUCAUGAAAUAUUCUUGUAUGGGACAAAAUGAUUGUCAUGCGUGAGAGAAAUUUAUCCGUUAUUAUGAUCCAUACAUUAUGCUGACUUCCACUUAUUAACACAGAGUUUUUCUUAUUUAAAGCUGAGGUCAUGAAUAAUUAGCAAUGUUAAACCUUCACCCCAAAAAUAGUCAUUUGACCCCAACCAUUUUCAUUUUUUAUUUUAAUAAGCAUAAAAGGUCAAACUGUUGACUGGAAAUGAGUAAUGCAACAACCGCAGUGUGUUUACGAGCAAACUGCUGGCAAAGGUGACAGAGGUGCAAUAUUUUUGACUCGGGCACCUUUCAUUACCUUCUCAAUGACUUUGCAGAUCUUUGGCAACAACAACUGUAUACCUCUCCAAAUACAUACUUGGUUUUUGAGCACAAAUGAAAAAUCCAUAUCUGA